AAAUUACGAAGGAAACAAGAUUGGGGGUAGAAGAUUGCGACGAAUAAAAAUGUCCAUGGUACCUCUAUAUUUACUGGUUUUACCCCCACUCUUCAUCCAAUUUUAGACGAAUAGAAUAAGGUCUAUUCGAAAGGCGGCUAAGAAAUAUCCAAUCAAAUGUCGCGUAGUAUCGUUAUGUUCAGGACAUUGCUCACAGAAUCAAGAUGGCAUCCGAAACUGGUACGAGUAUUGUGUCAAAUGAACGAUGUGAUGUAAAUAACACGAUUCAGCAAGUAUUUGAACCGAUACAAACGGAAACAACCAGUUUAAAAGUGGCCAGAACAACGUGGAACAGUGUUAUUAAAGAGACAAGCGAUUUUUCGAACGAUCUUGCUUUACAUUCGAUUAAGACGCCCACGAUUUUCUCUACAGCGUCAUCGUUUAACGCAAACACGGAAGAAAAGGAAUUACAAAAAAAUAUAAAUUUCAUGAGCUCCUCUGGUGAUGUGGAAGAACAUACAACUUUCAAACCUGCUGUCAACGCUAAAUUACAUAUAUUACCCUUGGAGGCACACAAUAUGUCCAGUCAGAAGAAUGAUCUGGAUAGUGUUGCCUGUGUUUCUGACCAGCCAGACGGGAAUCCAGAUUAUUGCAACAAUGAAUUAAGGAAAACUUUGAUAGAACCAGUUCAACAUGCUGUUCAUAUUGAUCCAACAUGCAACAAAGAUGCAACAGUAUCUAGUGGGAUACCCACAUUACCAACAAAACUGGAAGGAUGUAUAAAUUUUGAACACGGUAAUACACCUCAGUUAGGAGAGAGUCCCCAAAGUAGUGGUGAAAUGAUUAGCAGCCCAAGGAGUCCAGAUUAUCCUCCAAGAGUUUCUGAUAGCCCAAAUAGUCCAAAUACUACACUACCAAGUAGUAUGACAUCACCAAUUAUGAUUUCAACGAUUGUGAUGGAUACAGCAAAAUAUGAUGCUGAAAAUACAAAUAAUUUAAGUACUAAAGUUAAUAACAAUCUGUCUUACUCAUUUUGUGGACAGUUAGAAAAGGUUGAAGAACAAGUUCCUGUUAAACAAAUAAAAUCAAACGAAGAAGAGAAAACAGAUAAACAAAUAGAUAUUAUCCACAGAGAAGUAAAAUCAGAAGUUGUUGAAAUUAAAACAGAAUUGACAGAUUCUCCAGAACAAUUAAAUAUACUUAAAUCUGAGUGGGCUAGUGAUAAUGUACCUAUGACAAUAGGUGGACAUACAGAUACUGUAUUGUCCAAUGAUAAACCAAUAAAUUGUGUUGACCCUACUUCUUCAAAUUCACAUUCUAAAUCGUACUCGUCGUCGAGAGAAAAGCGUAGCAAGGAGCACAGUGAAAGACGCUACUGUUCACGAUGCUAUAAGAGAAGUAAAAUAAAGCGAGCAAAUAUCGGUGUACAGUGUAAACGAGAUCGUAGUAUUGUUUCUCUAAGUAGUAAAACAAUAUCUCAAGCAUUUCCAAAAUCUACAAAUGAAAAUCUCAGGUUAAAUUUACAAACGAAAAACUAUAAACUGCUACACAAUGCACCGGUUAAAAAUGAAUUAUUAGAAGGCCUAAAGUACAAGAAGUACAUACACAUAGAAACUUAUCCUAAUGGUGGUGCAACUGUUGUGCAUAUGUAUCAAGAUGAAAUUGAUACGUUAUCACGUGAACAAAUAGAAGAAUUAGCUCAAGAAUAUUUCAGAGUAGUUUUUGGUGAAGAUGAAAACGGUUAUGCACAUCAUGUUAUGGGAAUAGUACAUAAUGCUGCUGCAUAUCUUCCUGAUCUUUUGGAUUACAUGGCAGAUAAUUACCCUACAUUAACUGUUAAAAAUGGUGUGUUAGGAAGAAGCAGUGAUAUAGAAACUACAACCAUGGUUCAAUACAAAGAACAAGUUUGUAAAGCGUACAAUAAUGGUACUGUGAGGUAUGGACCUCUCCACCAAAUAAGCCUUGUAGGAACAGUUCAUGAGGAAGUUGGUGGAUAUUUCCCAGAUCUUCUGCAAAAAUUAGAAGAAAAUCAAUUUUUAAAACUGACUAUGCCUUGGGGACCAUUAUCUGUUGUAAAGAUGGACACUCCUCAAGAAUCAAACGACGGUCCAAUUUUAUGGAUUAGACCAGGCGAGCAGCUAGUCCCCACAGCGGACAUAAACAAAAGUCCAUGCAAGAGACGUAGAACGGGCAUUAAUGAAUUACGAAAUUUGCAAUAUUUACCACGUCUCAGCGAAGCUCGCGAAUACAUGUUUGAAGAUCGUACAAAGGCUCAUGCCGAUCACGUAGGUCAUGGAUUAGACAGAAUGACAACAGCCGCAGUUGGUGUACUCAAGGCUGUCCAUGGUGGACAACCGUCAGAAUAUAACAGAAUUACAAAAGAUGUCGUAGCUUUCUAUGCUGGUGAUUUUCCUGAACUGGUUGAAAAAUUACAGCUAGACCUCCACGAACCACCGAUAUCCCAAUGCGUGCAGUGGGUUGAAGACGCCAAGUUAAAUCAAUUACGUAGACAGGGUAUUCGCUACGCUAGAAUAAAUUUAUACGACAACGACAUUUACUUUUUACCGCGUAAUAUAAUUCAUCAAUUCAGAACAGUCUCCGCAGUUUCGAGCAUAGCAUGGCAUGUCAGAUUAAAACAGUAUUACCCAGAAUCACAGCACAAUUCGAGUGUCAGACACAGCCGUGUUGGAAGCGAACCAUUGCGCAUGAAAGAUAAGAAACCUUUGGAAACUGUAAAUAUAGGAGACGAGCAGAAAGAAAAUACGAAUCGUCAACGUGUGGAUCAAAAACAUUCUAUUGACUCCCUCGAAGAGAAAAAAGCAAAGGAAAGAGCUGCUGAAUAUCAGGGAAAUUUAAAAAAAUCAGACCAACACGGAAAACGCAAGGAAGAACGCAAAAGUAGGGAUCACACAAGACAUUCUUCCAUUUCGAGCAAGAGAAAGAGUUCUGGAGGGAAUAAUGAUAACUGUUCGAGCCUUUUUAAUAAUAAAUGUACCAAAAACAGUUCAAGAGAACGGAAACGAAGUAGUGAGAAGCGGGAUGACAAAAGAUCUGAUAGAAAACACGAUGAUCGUCAACGAUCUAAUGAAAAGUCCAGUCAUCAUUCUCACAGCAGUCAUUCUGGGGACAAGAAGAAGUAUGAUUGUAAUAAUCAUAAAGUAGAUCAUCAUCGAAGUCAUCACGGUCGGUCUAGCAGCAAUAGUGCAUCGGUUAAAGAAAGCAUUUCAAACAUUCUUGAAUCUAAAUCCAUUAAUAAAUUCGACAUCUCAGGAUCUUCUUCGAAAGAGAGUAAAAAGCAGUUAAGUCCAUCGGAGCUUUGUUCAUCAGACCAUGACAUUUCUGAUUGCAAUACUAUUAUUCUUGACCAAGAUGUAUUAACACAGCAACAAAUAAUUGCAAAAACGUAUGCAACAGAAGUUGUCGAUAAAGCUUUGGAAAUUGCAAUAUACAAGUCAAAAACUGACGUGGAGGAAGUCUGUCAGUCUCUGCGAAUUGGUGUUGCAGAAGCUUCAAAAGAAGUUCUGGAAAAAAUUCACAAAGAAAGUUUUGAAAUUGCCGAACGAAAGUACAAAGAUGAUACAACAAAAGUGGAACGAUAUUGUCAAUUAUUGGAGGUAGAAACUACAUUGGCCUUCACGUCAAAGAUGGAGUGUGCUACUGAGAAUGCAGUGAAAGCACUAAUUGAAAUGGCUGAGGAUGAAGCAAAAGAGAGAGCAAAGAAUGAAAAAAUUUGCACAUCAACUGUUGAUAAUUCGUGUGAAGAAAGUUCAAUACCAGUAUCAAAAAUAGCUAGUUCUUCUUCUUGUUCUUCGAUCACAUCUACGUCUGCAUCAACAGAAACUGAAAGACAUAGUAGCAAUGGCAGGAAUGGCAGCAGCGAUGAGAAUUCAUCGAAAUUUUCGUCGGAUACACAUACAAUACAUUCAGAAUCUAAGAGGAAGCAUAGAGAUGAUAAAAGUUCAAGGAAUCAACGACAUAAAGACAAAAGAGAUAGAGAUAGACGUGACAAGGAUCAUAAGAGGCAUCAUUAUCGUAGUCCGCAAUCGAGCAAAUCUGACAACAAAACAGGAGAAAAUAGUAAUAAAGGAAAUACAUUGAAAAUUAUUUCAGUAUCUAGAGAUUAUAAUGUUUCUAAUAAAAGUGUUGAUCGUUCAGAUAAUAAAGACAGUGAGAGGAAAUCUGAAAAAAGAAGAGACAGUCACCAUAGCCAUAGUAGGGAUGGACAGAAGAAGUCUUCUAGUAGUCGCUCGUCUGAUUCAACAUUAAGUCGUUCUCAUUCGUCGAGUUCGAAUCAUAAAAGGAAGUCAAGUUCAUCUGAUGAACACAAAGAACCGAAGAAAAUGUGCGUUGAAAAGGACAUUGUCCCAGGAACUUCAGAGCAAAGUGCUGUUGGUAGUACAUUGACUUUAAUGACAAUGACAACAGUGGCUCAAUCGACGACGACAAGUACUGUUGUGUCAACGUGAAAAGGUGAACAUUAUUUUAAGUCGUAGUACAAUCUACUUGUUAGGUUAAAAAUAAAAAGUCCGCACAGUCGAGCUUAUACGCUGACCGUCUUGAGUGCAUGGACUAUAACUGAUUUGAUUGUACAGCGGAGUCUUGCUAUAUGGUUUUGGAUAGGGCUGUAGAGGUAGACAAAAUUAUGGAAUGAACUAUGUAAUUUUAAUUCCUACAUAGCAUUUGAUUGUCACAGCCCAGUUAACCAAAAUUUAGAACUUCUAAAUUUAAAAAUUUGAAGUCUCUAAACUUUUAAAUUUGAAAUUCUGUAAAUCUGAAGUCUUUUAAUUUCUAUAUGUCCAUGUGAAGGGGAACUCUUACCUUGGGCCAUGUAACAAGACUGCACUGUAAUGAAUUUACACUGUACAUCCGAAUUUACAGAAAUAUGAGACGCGUAUCAAUACAUAAAUUAUGAUAUAAAACGAAAGGUAUAUCAGAUAUUACCAGAAUAGAAUUAAUUGUCGUGUUUUAUCCAAAGACCAGUUAGAAUUGUUACUGAUUGAAAAUUUGCUAUCGUUUUCAUGCAAUUGUACACGUAAUUAGUCUUAGCAAGAAAAUUAAACUACAAAGGUAGUAUUUAUUAUCUAAAAGCACUUUCUAAUAUUGAAUCGCAAAGAUUAUUUUGCUAUAAAAAAAAAGAAACCCGGGGCGUCUCAUGUAUUGCUAAGAAUAAAAAGAUAAAUAAAUAUUUAUAGAAUAGGUGACCAAUAUAAUAUGUACAAACAAAAUUUGUACAAAUUUGUGAUCAGAAAUUAAACGGAUCAGCAUAUUAUUGCUGCGCAUUGUAUAUAAAUUAAUACAUUAAUCUAUUCAAAGAGUCGUAUGAAUCUUGUUUAAAUUAUAUACAUAUGUACAUAUACAAUAAGAGUGGAUGUGUGAACCUGAAUAUGUGUAUUGUGCACGCGCGCACAUGUGUGUGUAUACAUACAUACAAAGAUGUGUAUAGUUUGUGCAGGAUUUUCCUGAUGUGUGGUACGAUUGAAAAUGUAGAAUAAUAUUUGUUUCAUACUAGGCUUCAUUUCCAAUAAAAAUGACUGAAUGUUUGUAGGGUAUAUUGGACCCAAUAGACUUUGCCUGAAAAAUAUUGAUUUUUAUUUAUGGUGGACAUGUUAAGUUUCCACGCUAAAUAUUUCCAAUGAUACUGAAUAAAAAAAUAUUUUUUAAUAGCAAUUAUGUACCUAAUUUUAUUCUAUCCCUUUAUCAUAUCCAAAAAGUAAAAUAGAAAUAUAGAAAAAUGAAGCCUUGUACUAGAAACUACCAUUUUAUAUUUUCAAUAUAGAAUCAUCUUAAUUGUACCAAGAUUUUGAGGAUAUGCUAUAUAUGCACGUGUGUAUAUAUACGCAUCUGUAUAUGCAUGUUUGAAGGAAAAAGUGAAAAUGUAAAUAUAAAUUAUUUAUAACUUGACAUUCUAUGUGAAUUCAAAGUUUUACUUUGCAAUCAUUCUUUUAUUAAGUUAGCAGAAAAAUGAAAUUAUCAAUGCUGAAGGAAGAAGACUUUUCUGUAAAUGUAGAUUAAACUAUUUAACAUUUAUUUUAAUGAUAAAGGAGAAGAAUGGUGAUCUAUAUGUAUUAAUUGUAGAGCAAGAAAGAGAGCAUUGUAUUGUUAUUUGAAAAAAAGUGUGCAGUACCACGUAUGUAUCAUAAAAGAAGUCUAAUCAUAGCAAUGUAUUGUUAGCAAAAUUAAUAUGUAAUAGUACUUUCUGUAUCUCGAUACAUUUUAUUUAUACAAAAUUGAAGGAUAAACGCGGACAGAAAUCUGCGUACAUAUAUGACUUGUUAUGAUAUGUAAUCUUUGAUUUAGUUUGAUUAGUACUAACAAUUAACAAUGCAAAGAAUUGCGAUUUGAAGUAAAUGAUAACAGAUCAUUUAUUAAUGAAAUAUUUGCCAGUGCAGAUAAAAUGCCAGAUAAAUGGCCGUGUAGAUUUGUGCAUACAAAACAUUAUUUAAAUAGCGAGAAAUAUUGUAAGAAAGGAAUAUUCGCAUGAGAAAAAUAUAUUCUGUUCUAUGAAAUAUAAUAUUAAGCUUAUUUAAACAUUAUUUUUAUUCAGAAUUACAAAUUGUAUUAUGUAUUAAAUACUGAUAAGAAGAAAAGGAAAGAAAAAAGUAUUUGUAUCAUCUGAACAGUUCCAAAUCUAGCUAAAAUUUGUUAGAUUGAAAUAGUAUACUACUUGAAAUAAAAAUUUUAUAAUAAUAAUAAUUUUACCAAAAGAUUAUGUGUAUGAUUGAACAUUCUUUUCAUUUUAUUUCAUUUUGGAAAUUAGAUAUUGUUUAAAAGAUCUUAUUAAAUAUUAAAUAAACAAUGGUCGAGCUUUAAGUUCCGUUAAAAAAUUACGAAAAA